UGGGAAGAAGAUAAAAAAAAGAAAAAGCAGAACACAAGAUCAAAAUUUUCUCUGUUUUUACUUUUCUAUUUCCACUGUUAUUUGUUGGCUUACCUUUUGAUCACCUUGCCCCGUAAAUCAAGAAAUCACAGCCUUCGGUCCCACUUUUACUUCAUCACUCAUUCACUAAUUUCCUCUUUAUAUACUCAUCUCUUCCCCUCCAUUCUUUCUCACAAACACUCCAUUAAUUUCUCACUCUCACCCACCAAUGGCAGUCCAUUAUUCACUCUCUCUCCUCUUUUUCUUCUCUCUCUUAUCCCCAGCUCCCGUUCUCUCUUCCCCUGUUCAAGACCCAGAACUUGUAGUUCAACAAGUUCAUAAGGCCAUACGUAAUGCGACCAUGGCACGAAGGAAUUUGGGGUAUCUCUCUUGCGGGACAGGGAAUCCAAUCGAUGACUGCUGGCGAUGCGAUCCCAAUUGGGAGAAGAAUCGCCAGAGAUUAGCGGAUUGCGCGAUCGGUUUUGGUAAAAAUGCUAUUGGUGGACGAGAUGGGAAAAUUUACGUGGUCACAGAUUCUAGCGACCACGACGCUGUUAACCCUAAGCCGGGAACUCUAAGACAUGCGGUGAUUCAAGACGAGCCGCUAUGGAUUAUUUUCCAACGUGACAUGUCGAUUCAAUUAAAAGAAGAAUUGAUCAUGAAUUCGUUCAAAACAAUCGACGGUCGAGGUGCUAGUGUACAUAUUGCUGGCGGUCCAUGCAUUACUAUACAAUUUGUCACAAACAUUAUAAUUCAUGGAUUAAAUAUUCAUGAUUGUAAGCAAGGAGGGAAUGCUUAUGUGCGGGACUCUCCACAGCACUACGGGUGGAGGACUAUAUCGGACGGCGAUGGUGUGUCCAUCUUCGGUGGGAGUCAUAUUUGGGUGGAUCAUAAUUCGUUAUCAAACUGUAAGGAUGGCUUAAUUGAUGCAAUACAUGGGUCCACGGCUGUGACAAUUUCAAACAAUUAUAUGACCCAUCAUGAUAAAGUCAUGUUAUUGGGUCACAGCGAUUCUUAUGUUCAGGACAAGAACAUGCAAGUCACUAUUGCCUUCAAUCACUUUGGUGAAGGACUUGUCCAAAGGAUGCCAAGAUGUAGACAUGGGUAUUUUCAUGUGGUCAACAAUGACUACACCCAUUGGGAAAUGUAUGCUAUUGGAGGCAGUGCAGCUCCUACAAUCAAUAGUCAAGGAAAUAGAUUUGCUGCACCUGACAUUAGAUUUAGUAAAGAGGUGACAAAACAUGAGGAUGCACCAGAAAGUGAAUGGAAGGGUUGGAAUUGGAGAUCUGAGGGAGACCUAAUGAUGAAUGGUGCAUUUUUUACCGCAUCGGGUGCAGGCGCAUCCUCGAGCUACUCUAAAGCUUCGAGUUUGAGUGCUCGACCUUCUUCACUCGUCGGUUCAAUUACUGUUAGUGCGGGCGCCCUUCCUUGUAGGAAAGGUGCUCGUUGUUAGUUACCGAUUGCUAGUAGCCGAUAGCUGAUUAUGAUUUUAGUUUUAAUUUUGAAAUUUCUGUUUUUCUUUUACGCUUAUUUAUAUCUUUUUUCGAUUAUUACAAUACAACCUCGGCCUGGUACUCUUGGAACCAUUUCGGAUUCUGGUCUUUAGAAUCUUGAUGAGUUUAAAGAGAAAUCAAGUGCAGAAGUGUUGAUAUAUACUAAUGUAUGAAAUUAUCUUUUUUCAUUUCAUAUUUAGUAAAGUAUUUAAAGUUCA